AUGAAAAUAAAUCCACAAUCUACUUCCCAAAAUCCGAUAUUUACAGACAUUGGCGUUGUGUAUGGUGUAGCUGGGACGAUUAAUGGUGGUAUAAUUUCAUCUCGAUCAGUCAAUCAACAAAAACGAAAAAAAAACCUAUCUAUUUCAAAAAAAAAUAAAGAACCGGUUACAGUUACUUUAAAGAAGGUGAAAACUGAUGUGAAGGAUGAUAAUCCAUUUAUUAACAACAAUUCUUCAUCAUCAAGUACCGUACAAGAUUCCUCCAUAUCUGCUUUCAAGUCACAAAAUCUUGAUGAAAUACCACUCGGCCCAGAGGAGAGCGAGACAGAAUUAAUUGCCAUAGAUCAAGAUGAAGAAGUCAAGAAGCUCACACAGGACGAAAGCAACAUUCGAAAUAAAUUACUCACUAUUUUGUUUGCACAAAAAGAAAAGGAUAAAAAGUUCGGAAAAAAUUGUAUGACCUCUGCCCGGCAUGAACCCGACCCGUUACCUUAUAGGCCCGGCAUGGACCCGGCCCGUGUUUAUUGGGCCGGGCCGG